UCGCUCGUCUAACGACGUUCGCGGAACCGACGGUCAGUCGAAGUCUCAGUAGAUGGGUGACUGCUGCGCCUUUACCUAUCGCCUUUGCCGACUGCCAACCGACCGGUCAGAUCGCGGUUUGCGACAUCGCGGCAGUCGCAGAAAUAACUCGUGGGGAGAGGGAGGGAGGGAGGAAUAAAUCAAACAUCGGUGUCGGUGUGUCACUCAAGUGGAAGUGCGAGUGUAGUGAGGACCAUGUCGGGUGGUGUAACGACUGCGAGGUACCGUGUGCGGGCAGCGGAGCAUGGAUAAACCUAAGGAUUACUUGCGGCUUAACUUCACCAUAGGUAUCGACGAGGAUCUCAAGAUGAUCCUGGACAUGGACCCCGGAUUGAUCGAUCCUCUGCCCACCCCUCGUCCUCCGCACCCUCUCUCGCCUGCGGACAACUACCUCAGCUGGUCUCCGGUACCUCCCACUCCACCGUCGUUCAAGACCUCAACACCAUCAACAAGGACACACAAUAAGCAGUUGCUGAUGAAAGAGAAGGCACUGGAGGACAGCAGAAGAGAGCAAUUAGAGCAGCAGAGGAGAAACCAGCAGAGGCAAGCUGAGAUAAAGACACAAGAAAAGCAAACUCACCAAUUUCUUAGAGUUCCUCAGAAUGUGGGUGUACAUGUCGACUUACCACCACAAGUUCUCCAGGUUAAAACUGUGCUGGAGAACCCCACAAAUUACCACCUUACCCAGAAGCGCAGAAGGCAGGUCCUCCAAUACCUGGAUGAUCAUCGGCGGUCACCUCAGCCAGCUAGCCUACCCCUGUCACACACUCUGAGUCACGGUCCUUUGCAGUCUCAUCAGCCCUCACAGACUACCAGCCUGCCUCUACAGUCUGGCCUUACUGCCUCUCCUGCAUCUCUGACUGCCCUCCACCACACUCCUCCAGUCGUCCAGACUACUCCCCCUGUCCUCCAGGCCACUCCCUCCCCCAGUCCGGAUGUUGCCAUGUCUCCAGGACUCAGCUCGGUUGCUACCAGCAAUUCAGAGGCGGAAGAUCUGUUGGAUGAGAUCAACUUUGGCAGCCUCAGCUCUGACAAUGUGAAGACUGCCCAGUCUCUUACUCUACCUGCUGACGUUGACAGCAAUUCUAGUAUGUUCCUAGAGCACCUGAUAGCUCUCGGCAGCUCAGGAUCUACCAGCGGACUUGGCAAGACCAGUCUCUCAUGUCCUGCAGACCUUUCUCAGAUCAAACCUGAACACCUUUACACAGAGGCUGACCUGCAGGCAGUCAAAGACCGCCAAAAGAAAGACAACCAUAAUAUGAUUGAAAGAAGAAGAAGGUUUAAUAUAAAUGACAGGAUAAAAGAAUUAGGAACAUUACUACCAAAAAAUAAUGACCCAUACUUUGAAGCUAUUUCUCUUGGAGCUUGUAGUUCAAAGCAUUUUGAAAUAGUUCGAGAUGUUCGACAAAACAAAGGUACUAUUUUGAAAAUGUCUGUGGCAUACAUAAAGACUCUACAGCAUGAUUUGCAAAAAUCCAAAAAGUUUGGGGAGCAACUGGUAUCUCAGAACCUAGCCCUGACCCGUCGAAUCCAACUGUUGGAGCAAAGCUUGGCAAAGGCUAACGGGUUGGAAGCAACUGAACUGUCCUGGAACACCAGUCCUGCUCAUACCCUCAACAACUACAAGCCUCAUGUGAUGCUUACUCCUACACAGUUGUCAGACAGUGUAGCAGACGGCUCUCCUCUCAGUCUCAGUGAGGAUCUGAUGGACGAUGACCACCCUGUGACGGGGGACCCGAUGUUGUCCUCACCCCACCACCUGGCCCCCUCGCCCUCCCCACCCCCCGACACCUCCCACCUCGCCUAUCGAGACGACAUGGACAUUGGCCUCCCAUAACACCAGCCACUGCACACUUAGUCACCUGUUGCUAUGUACAUUGUAUAUUAAUUAUUCUGUUUAUGUUUUAAUAGUCUAUUGUUAUGUUAUUGACUGAGGCUGUUGAAUAAUUCCGAGUUGAAUGAAACACUGGUGUUUCAAUCUUGGAAAUGAUGUUGUUGUUAAAUUUCAUUAGUUUUGAUAAUUUAUUUGUUUGUUAUGUUUAAAAUCAAGUCGGAUCAUUUUCAUAUGCUCAAAGUUUACACUGUCUUAGGCUGCUGUGACUUGUGCGUUCACCGCAGGUAGAAAACUUUUUGUUUGAAAGUUGUUCUAACAUUUGUUCAUCAGCUUUGAAUAGACAUCAUUCCAUUCCCUUUUACAAAAUUGAUAAACUUGAGCCUUUAUUGAAGGUUAGAAUUAUUAAAUAGUUCUAAUGUCUAGAAAAAAAUAUGAGUCAAUUAAGUAUGUAAAUAGUAGUAUAAUAUAGUUAAAUCAAAUACGUUAUUAAAAUAAAAGAUAUUUUAUUC